CCCAAACAGCAAAGCCUCGCCUCGCCUUGGUCCGCUCCGGCUCUGCUUCCCCAACGUGCCAGCCUUCCAAGCCGCUGUUGCGUGAAUUGCUGCAUCCUUCACUCCUCCAAGCUCGCAAAGGCCUCCAUGUUGCCCUUCGCUCCUGACAUCUCUCUGGGCCCGCACCCAGCACCUGCUUCCCCGACACGUUCCCACGACCGUGCCCCCGUCGCCUGAAGUGCCGUCGCAUUAGUCCUCCUCCAUCGUCUGCACCCCACCCUUCCCUGCUUGCGCACUACACCCCAGCCAUGAGUUCCUUUUUCAGUCGCAUCAAGUCUGGUGCUCCACCCUUGAGCCCAGCGACCGGCAGCAUACCCGUCAAGAAGGACCCCAACGCGCCCGAGGUCACGCCGCUCGAGAAGCUGCUCCUCAACGCCGGCCCUCUGCGCGGCGACGGCAGCGACAAGUUCUUCGGCUUCGAGAAUUUUGGAAGCACGUGCUACUGCAACUCCAUAGUACAGUGUCUCUACUACUCGGUACCCUUCCGAGAACAGGUCAUCAACUUCCCCGCCCGCUCGCCCCCAGAAGCCCUCGAGAGGCCCUCAUCAGGCCUGCCCAGACUCAAUACAAACCUCCAAAAUGGCCAGACUUCAGCCCUCUCCCCCACGGGCCGCACAUCGCUCUCCAGCCCAAAUGCGAGAAGUCCCGCAAAGCCUGCAACCACUCCAGGCGCCACCAACCAGCCUCCAGGCACCAAGCCCGAGGACAACAAGGACUCGCCCGAGUACAAGAAGAAGCAGGCCUUGGCCGCUGGCCCUGUGCUACAGAUGGACUACGAGAACGCAAACGCAUAUGGCAUGAACGAAUCGCUGUUUUCAUCACUAAAAGACAUAUUCGAAGCUGUAAUAGCACACAGGUCGCGCAUAGGCGUAGUCAGCCCACACAAGCUUCUGGAGAUACUGCGGCGAGACAAUGAGAUGUUCCGGACGCCCAUGCACCAGGACGCACACGAGUUCCUCAACUUGCUGCUCAACGAAGUUGUAGAGAACGUUGAGCAUUAUUCCAAGACCCGCCCAGCUCAGGUCGAGGACGUAACUGAGAACGAGGAGACAAUGACCGACGGCGAAGUUGUGACCGCGCGAAACUCAGUGGCCUCUGCAAAGUCGAAUUCCGGAUGGGUACAUGAACUGUUCGAAGGCACAUUAACAUCCGAGACACGAUGUCUCACAUGCGAAAAUACCUCGCAGCGAGACGAGGCAUUCCUGGACCUCUCUGUCGAUCUGGAACAGCAUUCUUCCGUGACGAGCUGUUUGCGCAAGUUCUCAGAAGAAGAGAUGUUAUGUGAGCGGAACAAAUUCCAUUGCGACAACUGCGGAGGCCUGCAAGAGGCGGAGAAGAGGAUGAAGAUUAAGCGGUUACCCAAGAUUCUUGCUUUACAUCUCAAGCGCUUCAAGUACACGGAGGAUCUCCAGCGACUGCAGAAGCUCUUCCAUCGCGUUGUGUAUCCCUUUUACCUCCGGCUGUUCAACACCACCGACGAUGCAGAAGACCCAGAUAGGCUAUACGAGCUUUAUGCAGUAGUGGUCCACAUAGGAGGUGGUCCCUAUCAUGGUCACUACGUAUCCAUCAUCAAGACACAAGAUCGAGGCUGGUUACUCUUUGACGAUGAAAUGGUUGAGCCGGUUGACAAGGCCUAUGUCAGGAACUUCUUUGGUGGAGAGAAUGUCUUGGCUUGCGCCUAUGUCUUGUUCUACCAAGAGACAACAGAAGAAGCCAUGAUGAAGGAGCAAGAAGCCGACGCCCUAGCCGCAGCAGAGCAAGCCGCCAAAAUGACACAGGAAGAAGUCACAACACCGAAAGCGAAUGGUGCCAACGGUCAGGCAUAUCAUGCUUUCAACAACGCAACGACACCUACAUUGGAAGAGGCCGACAAAUUCGCGAGCCUCGAUCACGCAGCUACCGCUCCGCCACUUGCCCACGUUGAAACGAACACCGACCAUCACCCAGUCGAACAUACCACAACACAAGUACCUGUCCUCGGUGCGCGGAAAAGUAACCUUGGGCUCUUUGGUAAAGGCAAAGAAGAGAAGGAGCGCAAGGCUCAAGAAAAGGAGCUUGAGAAGCAAGCGAAGCAAAAACGCAAAGAGAUGGAAAUCCAACGACGCGAAAACUACCGCAAACAAGAAGACGAACUUCGUGCAGCACUCGAAGCUAGCAAAGCAUCAGCGGUGGAAGAGGAGAAGAAGCGCGUUGCGAGUGGCGAGGUGCCACCUCCCACAACUGCUGGUGCGGGAGGCGACAAAGAGAAAGCGGCGAACGGCUUUGGAAGCGUCAAGGGUAUGAGCGGAUUGAGUCGUUUUAGGCAUACCUCGAUGAGUCUCAAAGGCAAACCCAAGUUCUGGGGUAAGGACAAGCAAGACGACGAGCCCAAUCCGCCCGAUACACCGACCACAGACACGGACAAGGACGGCAAGAACCGUUUCAGCUUAGGAAGGAAGAAGAGCACGUUCAAAUUCUAGGAAAACUUGUCGCCGUAGAACAGGAUGUUGUUACAUUGCAAGAUGCGGGUCCGAGUAUCAGUCUUGGAUUGUCAAACAGGGUGGCUUUUGAAGCUAGCCCUUCCGAUAGAGUGAAAACUGGAGGAACAGUCUUCCUACCGAAGCGUUGGAGAUGCAUGUAUGUUGCAUGGUUAUUCUUUUCUUUCCUCAAGGCUU